CAAUGAACCAGUGUAAACCGGAACGCAGAACGAGCGAGUCGCACUCUGCUUUUCUGUUAUCCUUGGAUAUUUCUUUUGGUUUUAAGAAAAUUUUGAAAGACGCAGGAAAAGAAAACAAGAAGAUGAUAAUGUUUGUCGUUUCCUGAAUUCUGAACGAAACCAAGUUCACCACUAUGCUCUUGCAAAUCCGAGCCUUUUGGCCGGUAUUGUUACUGAGUCCAUUUUGGAUCGACGCUUCUGUGGGACAAAUUGUUUUCGAGAACAAUAGCAGACGUUCACCUGUUGCCAGCUGCGCGACUCCUGAUAGAGAAAGAGGGAAUUGCGUACGCUGGACACAAUGUCUAUCUCUGAGUCAAAGAAUCAGCGGCUGGGAUCAGUUGAGACCUUAUUUGUGUGGUUUUGCUGGCACUGAGCCAAAAGUAUGUUGCCCAUCAUCUCUGCAACCAGAUAACUCUGGUUCUUCUAGAGAGAGAAUUUCUCCAACAAUGAACCAUUCCAGAACUCCGAUCCUCUCCAUACCUAAGACCAAACCCGCUGGUUCCUCGGAUAUCAGCAAUGAAAAGCCCAUCUUCUUGCCAGAUGAUUGUGGUUCGUCGAUCUUUACUCAUAAUCGAGUAAUCGGUGGUCAGAAGGCGGAAAGAGGAAGUUGGCCAUGGAUGGCUGUAAUUUUCGAGAUUAAAAGAAGUGGCUCCAAGAGCUCUGAAUGCGGUGGAUCCUUAGUGACAGCAAGACAUGUCAUCACGGCCGCCCAUUGCGUGGUGAAACGAAAUACCAUCACACCCCUUGACCCUGAUAGACUGAUAGUCAGGUUGGGAGUUUAUGACUUGAGCAAUGAUAACGAUCCAUAUGCCAGUGAUGUUUCUGUCGAUGAAGUCCGAAUUCACGAAAGGUACGAUUCUCGAAUUCGUGCCAACGAUAUUGCUGUCCUCCGUCUUAGCCAACCGGUACCAUUCUCUAAUAGCACCUCUCCAGUUUGCCUUCCUUACGAUAGUCUACGGAAUGAGGACCUCUCUGGAAAAAGCUCUACAGUCACUGGAUUCGGACUGACGUCCGUCAACGGCUCUUACAGCGACGUUUUGAUGGAGGUGAGUUUUGACAUCCAAGACCAGGAAACUUGUAGAAUGGCAUAUGAAGACGAUCUUCGAAUUACCGAUGGACAUUUAUGUGCUGGAACUCUCGAUGGCUCUAAAGAUUCAUGCCAGGGCGAUUCUGGAGGCCCUCUGGUGGCUGUCGGAAAGGAAAAACGUUACUAUCUUGUUGGAAUCGUCUCCUUUGGAAAGAAGUGCGCACUUUCUGGUUAUCCUGGUGUUUACACCAGAGUUACCGAGUACCUGGAUUGGUUAACUCCUAGACUUCGUCACGAGGGGGGCUUUUUCAAUGAACAGGUGGAAACCGGAAUAUGGAAUGAAAGAGUCGCCUUUCUCAAUCGUGCUGUUUUGAUAAAACAAGUCUCUACCAUGCUUUGGCAAUACCAGGUUAUUCAAGUGCUGUUUGCGCUGAUUCCAUUUUGGAUUGACAUCUCCUUGGGACAAGUUCUGUUCGAAAACAGCAACACGCAUUCAUCUGACGCGAGCUGCCUUACUCCAGAUGGACGGAGAGGUAACUGCAUACGCUGGACGAAGUGUAUAAACAUAAAUCAGAAACUUACUUGGGAUCAGCUUAGACCCUUUUUGUGUGGGUUUGCCGGCACUGAGCCAAAUGUUUGCUGUCCCUCUAUUUUUCCGCCAGAAAUUUCUAGUCCACCUCUAGAUAGGAUAUCUCCGGUAAAUAACAACUCAAGAACAGAAAACAUCACAUCUGAACACAAGCCGAUUCUCACUUUACCUAAGACAAACCCUUCUGAAUCUUCAGACAAAGAUGGAAAGCCAAGCUUCUUGCCAGAUGAUUGUGGUUUAUCCGCAUUUACAGACAAUCGAGUUAUCGGCGGCCGAAAAGCCGAGAAAGGAAGUUGGCCGUGGAUGGUGGUAAUAUUCCAAGUCAAAAGAAGCGGCUUCAAAAGCUCCGAUUGUGGUGGAGCCUUGGUAACUGCAAAUCAUGUGAUCACGGCCGCCCAUUGCGCUGUGAAAAGAAAUACAAUUACACCUCUUGAUCCUAAACGACUCAUGGUCAGAUUGGGUGUUCACGACUUGGGCAAUGCCAAUGAUUCCGAUGCCAUCGAUAUCGGUGUUGAUGCCGUCCGAAUCCACGAAAGGUACGAUCCACGGGUUCAUAGAAACGACAUUGCUGUCAUCCGCCUUAGCCAACUCGCUCCGUUCUCUAAUAGCACCUCUCCAGUCUGCCUUCCUUACGACAGUCUGCGGAAUGAAGACCUCUCCGGAAAAAGCUCUACAGUCACUGGAUUCGGACUGACGUCCGUCAACGGCUCCUAUAGCGACGUUUUGAUGGAGGUGAGUUUUGACAUCCAAGAUCAGGAAAUGUGCAGGAGGACAUAUGCAAGCGAUCUCCGAAUUACCAAUGAGCAUUUGUGCGCUGGAACUCUCGAUGGCUCUAAAGAUUCAUGUCAGGGCGAUUCUGGUGGCCCUCUGGUGACAUUUGGAAAGAGAAAGCGUUACUAUCUUAUUGGAAUCGUUUCCUUCGGGAAGAAGUGCGCGCUCCCUGGUUACCCAGGUGUUUACACUAGAGUUACAGAGUUCCUGGACUGGUUAACUCUUAAUCUAGCUAACUGAAGUUGCAAGAUGAUGGAGAUGGGUCCCUUUACAAGCCAUCUUACAUAAACAUCUAUCAUCAAACCCUUACAUCUAUCAUCUGUUUACGACCAAUUAACCAGAAACUUCCGACUAACUGGAAAUCACAUGAUAUUUCCACGAAUUUUUUUAUCGGUAUAGUCAGUUGCAACUGUCGUUGGAGAUUUUGUUUUGUAAUUUAAAUAAAAUGUCAUUUCUAGUUUCAAAAA